AUGGGGCCACCUGAGGCGUUGCUGGUGAUGGGCGUGAGCGGCUCGGGGAAAUCGACUGUGGGCGCUCUGCUGGCAUCUGAGCUGGGAUGGAAAUUCUAUGAUGCUGAUGACUAUCACCCUGAAGCAAACCGGAUGAAGAUGAGCAAAGGGAUCCCGCUGAAUGACCAGGACAGGAUUCCAUGGCUCUGCAACUUGCAUGACAUUUUACUGAGAGAUGUUGCCUCAGGACAAUGUGUGGUUCUAGCUUGUUCAGCUCUGAAGAAAAUGUACAGAGAUAUCUUAAUAUGCGGCAAAGAUGGCACCCCUCGAAAAUGUGAUGAGUCAGGCAAGGAAGAAAAGCUACCCAAAGUGAAACUCUUUGUGGUCCACCUGAAUGGGUCGUUUGAGGUCAUCUCUGGACGCUUACUCAAAAGAAAAGGACAUUUUAUGUCCCCUGAGCUCCUGCAGUCCCAGUUCGAUACUCUGGAGCCCCCAUCAGCUCCUGAAAACUUCAUCCAAAUCUGUGUGGACAAAGGGCUUUCAGAGAUCAUUGCUAGCAUUGUGGAAACUCUAGAAGUGCAGUGA